UAACUGAUAAGGAGUGAAUUUUAUCUAUACUUGUUGUUAGCAUUGUUUGAUUUCGUUUCGACUCUAUUCAAUUGAUUUGUGUGGACUUAAAAGACCGAAAAUUGAUCUUGUAGCCAUUGCGGAUCGGCUUAGCACCCUGCUGGAGAUGGCGCUUCAAAUAGCGCAGAACAACCGCGAUGGCCAGCAGCUGGUGGGUGGUCAGGGUCAGGGGCUCCAGGGAGCGGGGGCACCUGUGGUGGAAGUGUACGUGCUGUUCGUAAACACAACGAAUCGUACCCUGGAUUUGUACUGGGUAUGCGACCGUGAUCGCGAAAACAUGUACCUUACCCUUAAACCCUUCGAGGAGGUCAGAGUGAACACGUUCAGCACACACAGCUGGUUCUUCCGGGACUACUACACCGGCGAAAGGAUGCACGUGCGUUCCCGGAGGAUCUUUCAGCCUGUCCGGGUGCGGGUGCCCAAGAAUCCCCAGCAUCCGGAGCAACUGUGCGACGUGCGCAGCCAGGUGCUGAUCCACUUCCCUAUGCGGACCCUCCGCGAAAGUUGUCUGUGGCUCGUCGCCCGCUGGCUUAUCCGGACAAGCAACGCUCCGAGAAGGAUCAUCCAUGGCUACCAUAUACCCACGACACUGAAGCAACAGCUCCUCCUGUUGCUAACUACCAUCGAAUCCUACUCCCGGGUGGCUGGCACCAGACGGCGGAGGUAGAGGCGCGCUUUAAGUUACGUUCAAUUAAAUGGGGGCCCUAGGGAAUGAAAGCCAAGCUUGAUUUCCAAAUAAUUUAAUAACUUUAAUUGAUUUUUCAUCCUGGUUUUCGUUUUUCGCUUGUUACUUAUGUACAAAUUGGCUUGCAUAGAGCGUUUUACAGGUUGAACUACUGCCUUUGCAUUGUUUUUUUAUCUUUAACAGAUUACUUAUACUUAUAACCUAUGUAUAUAAUAAUUAUGUAUAACCCUAAUGUGAAACAAUUGUGAAUAUUACAUACAUAUAUGCGCAAUCCUCUAGGUCUAGAUGCUUCAGAUGCAAAUACGUUUAAAUGGUAUGUCUGUAGUUACUCCCUUGCAAUGUUUAUCUACGUGUGUGUCGCAAGCUUAAUUCUUAUAAGUCUGAAUCUGAAGUACAUUUAUGAAAUCCUAACGAGAAAUAAACAAACAGAAGCACUUGGGUGCACUUUUAAAUGUAAAGAAAAUGUUCGAACAGAUUCUCCUUGAAUGUUUUUGUCCACGUUACGAAGACGAACGCAAAUACAUUGCAUAAAUACAUACAAAAUGGUUAAUCGA